AUGAUGCAGAUGCAGCAUCAAGCACCUCCUCCUGUGGCGCCGCCUCAGAAUGUCCAGCCAAACCACUUCAGCCCGUCGCACCAGAUUGCGGCCAUGAACGAGGCCGUCUGGUUGCAGAUUGGAAGCUUCUCUGAGUUGCUGCGAAUGCCCGAAGAAGCAAUGCACGCCUACGAGCGAGCCCUUCAGGCGAAUCCCAACUCGACCGCCGCGAUGAGCGCGAUCGGAAUGCUCCUCAAGGGGCGCGAGGCUUUUGACAAGGCGCUCGAGUUCUUCCGAGCCAUCGUCCAGCUCGACCAAAACAACGGUGAAGCAUGGGGCAAUCUCGGCCAUUGUUACCUGAUGACCGAAAACCUACAAAAGGCGUACGAUGCCUACCAACAGGCCCUCGUCAACCUGAGAGAUCCCAAGGAUCCUAUGCUGUGGUACGGGAUUGGAAUUCUGUAUGAUAGAUACGGGAGCUACGACUAUGCCGAGGAAGCAUUCUCCCAAGUCAUGACGAUCCAGCCCGACUUUGAGAAGGCCAAUGAAAUCUACUUCCGGCUGGGCAUCAUAUACAAGCAGCAGUCCAAGUUCGCCCAAAGCUUAGAGUGCUUCAAGUACAUUGUCAAUUCCCCUCCGGGGCCCCUGACCCAGGAAGACAUCUGGUUCCAGAUUGGCCACGUGCACGAACAGCAGAAAGAUUUCGACGGCGCCAAGUCCGCCUACCAGCGUGUGUUGGACCAGUCGCCAAACCACGCCAAAGUUCUGCAGCAGUUGGGCUGGCUGUACCACCAACAAAGCCCAGCAUAUGAUUCCCAAGAACGCGGUAUCCAGUAUCUCGAGAAGUCUGUCGCGGCAGACAACCAAGAUGCGCAAAGCUGGUAUCUUUUGGGUCGCUGCUACAUGUCCCAGCAGAAAUAUCCCAAGGCCUACGAGGCAUACCAACAGGCUGUGUACCGCGAUGGGAAGAAUCCCACCUUCUGGUGCUCGAUUGGUGUGCUCUACUAUCAGAUCAACCAGUACCGAGACGCGUUGGACGCGUACUCCCGAGCUAUUCGUCUCAACCCUUACAUUUCCGAGGUCUGGUACGACUUGGGUACUCUGAUCGCCGACGCCCUCGACGCCUACCAAAGGGCAGCAGAGCUGGAUCCAGGCAACCCGCACAUCAAGGCUCGCCUCCAGCUUCUCCGGUCUGGCGGCACCAAUGGCGGCCCCCCGCCUGCAGCUCCUCAGCCUGCUGAUAUGCAUCCAUCGACAUACCAGACAGGCCCUACGGGUCCUCCUCAAUGGGGAGGGUCUGCGCAGCAGCAGUCUGCUGGCCCCCCUGCUGCCACUCAGGCGGCUGGCGAGAGCUGGGCGGGCAGGCUGUCGAAUGUGAACCCGCCGCCCCAGCCACCUAACCCCUACGAAAGCAGAGGCGGCGAGCCCUUCCGUGGUGGUGGCCCAGCGCCGCCUCUCCGACAGCCCAGCCCUCCUCCGCAGGAGCCGCCGGCACGUCAGCCGUACCCCGAGCUCAACAGACCGGGCCCAUCCCGGCGUGGCCCAUCGCCGCCGCCGGCUCAUCAAUAUGCCCAGCCUCUCCCCCCACCGCCUCCCCAGUCCCAACCUCCGGCGCCCGCGCCAGCUGAGCGACGAGUUGUCAACCCCAACUGGGGUGGUGCGACGCCCUCAGCAUCUGCGCCUCCCAACAACCCGCCUCCGAACGGCAUGACUCCGUUCCGGCCCGCCAGCAGCCCGCGCACCGACGGCCGUCCUCCGAUCCAUGACAACCGCAUGCCAUCCCCCAAGUCGGCCUACCCGCAGCACCCGGCUCCUCCUCCACCUCAUUAUGCUCACCACCCGGAGAUGCCCCCUCAGAGCGCCCCUGAAAACAACGCACAGCCCCCGCCUCCCCCGCCUCCUCCUGCGCCGAUUUCUGAGCCACCUCCACAGCGCAUGGAGGAUCGGCCUUCGUCUGUAGGUCCCAAGAGACAUCGGGAAUGGGAAGAGGAACCCGUGUCCAAGAAGCCCGCCAACGAAGAGACGCGGGCACGACUUGGUGACUUGCAACACCGCAGACCAUCCACCCCUCCCCCGGCCCGUGACGCGUAUCGUCGCAAUUCAUCCGAAGCUCGCCGAACGGAAGAGCAGCGUCGCCCCGAAGAGUCCAGGAGGCCUGAUGAGCCACGCCACAAGGCGGAGAGCUACCAUCCUUCCGAGGCUGCUCAUCACACACAGAGCCAUAGU